AAUCCGUGGUUGGGGACAGAGAGGAAGGAGCUAGUUGGAGCUCCGGCCGGCUGUCCCUUGCUGGAAUCCGGAUCUGCCGGGUGGUGGGACAGAGCAAAGGCUGGACCGAGGAAUAAGAGGAUGGAGCCCGUAACCAAGUGGAAUCCUAAGCAAGUUGUGGAGUGGACCAAGGGUCUGGAUGAUUGUCUUCAGCAGUAUGUCCAAAAGUUUGAAAGAGAGAAGAUAAAUGGUGCUCAGCUGUUACAGAUUUCCCACCAGGAUCUUGAAGAACUGGGGGUCUCCCGGAUUGGACACCAAGAGCUUGUUUUAGAGGCCGUGGAUCUCCUCUGUGCACUGAAUUAUGGCCUUGAAACAGACAACAUGAAGAACUUGAUUCUUAAGUUGCGAGCUUCAUCCAACAACCUGCAAAACUACAUUGGCACCCGGAGGAAGAGUUCAAACUACGAUGGAAAUAGCUCACGCAAACCUCCUAAUGAAUUCCUUACCUCCGUGGUAGAACUCAUUGGUGCUGCUAAGGCUUUGCUGACGUGGCUGGACAGGACUCCGUUUACUGGGAUAGCUGACUUUUCUGUGACAAAGAAUAAAAUCAUUCAGCUGUGUUUGGAUCUUACCACCACUGUUCAGAAGGACUGCCUCGUAGCUGAAAUGGAAGAUAAAGUUCUCAAUGUAUCAAAGGUUUUGAAUGGAAUCUGUGACAAGACAAUCAGGUCAACAACUGAUCCACUGAUAAGUCAGGGUGCCUGUCUCGAAGAAGUUCAUUUAAACAAUAUCAAACCUGGGGAAGGCUUGGGAAUGUACAUAAAAUCUACUUAUGAUGGUUUACAUGUUGUAACUGGGACAACAGAAAAUUCUCCUGCUGAUCGGUCUCAGAAAAUCCAUGCUGGUGACGAAGUGAUUCAGGUGAACCGGCAGACAGUGGUGGGGUGGCAGUUGAAAAAUCUCGUAAGGAAGCUCCGUGAGAAUCCUUCUGGAGUUACUCUCCUAGUAAAGAAACGCCAUACAGGGUCUUUUAAUUUUACCCCUGCGCCGCUUAAAAAUCUGAGGUGGAAACCACCACUUGUACAGACCAGCCUACACCCAACUCAAUCAUCAGAAAACACCAAGGAGACAUCACUAAAGAAAGAGAAACCAGCCAUUCUGGAUCUUUACAUACCUCCACCACCAGCUGUUCCCUACGCACCUCGGGACGAGAAGGGGAACUUCAUUUAUGGAGGAGGCAAUAAACCCAGACAGCCUCUCCCUGGUUCUAAAGGUGCAGAAUCUCCCAAUUCUUUCCUUGAUCAGGAAUGUAGAAGACGAAGGUUUACCCUGAUAGAUUCUGAUCCAUUGCCUGCCUAUCCCAGAGAAACAAAUAUUCCACUAGCAAAGAUGAGGGAGAAAACUCCAUCUUAUGGAAAGCCUCGCCCAUUGUCUAUGCCUGCUGAUGGAAAUUGGUCGGGAGCUGCAGAAUCUUUCUCUAAGCCGCGAGCGAUGGGGAGAAAAACUGAAAAUGCCCUCUGCCGAUACUUCAGCAAUGAAAGAAUCCCACCCAUUAUUGAAGAAAACUCCCCUUUGCAACAUCCAUUUCCCAGACCAGUGGCGGAAAAACAGUUAGUAAAAGGCGCCGACUACAUCAGGGGUAGCAGGUGUUUUGUUAACGUGGAUCUCCACAACAGUGCAACCAUCCCUUUCCAGGAGGAUGUUGCUAAAAGGCCGCCUGUGACCACGUCCACGAAAUCUUCCUCCACAGAACCCUCUUUGCUGGUUAGCUGGAUCACAAGGUUGAGGUUAUUGACUCAUUGAGUAGAUUGGAUGGAAAGUGGCUGAAUGUCUCACCAAGUGCCUUCUUUUAUUCUCCAGUCCAAGAGAUCUCUAUUUCCUAAAGAGAUAUUUAGUGGCUAUGUCUUUUAUUCCCCUCCUCCUCCUUCAGAGAAUCCUUCUUUUUCCCUAAUGUUGCUAUCUCAGAUUCACUGGUGGAGCUGGGGGAGGGGAGGAGAGUUAUUGGAGAGGCAGAGGAGAUCUCAAGAUGUUUAAAAAACAACAACACCUGCCUAUGAAGAGAACUUCCACGUAGUCCUCCAGAGAAAUCAGUACAGGUUGAGAACUUCAGGAGUCACUGCUAAUGUGAAAUCAAUGGAUUCUUGUCAGAAGCAGUCUCUACUUUGGCCUAAGGUCAGGUGGCCUUUCAUUUGCUCAGAUGCUAUGCAGCUAUUCAUAUGUGGAGGCUUUGUAGCACUGAGAGAAAAACCUCUAAGCUCCAAAUCUGACCAAGGAAGAGGAAAGGAGAAGGUGUCAUUCUGCUUCAAAACUAUGCAACUUGCAAGUGCCUACGGAAGCUACAGCUCUAAGGGAAGAGAAGGCUUUCUUCAGUCCUUCUGGUUCACCACAAAUAUCACUAUUUUGGGUACAAUCCCAAUUAUUAAAACCUCAGUGCCGUUUUGAGUUAUCCUUGCCUUAACUGCUGCAGUCUUGAUCCCCUUGACAUAGAUUGUCACCACAUGUCACCGAUAUGCCCUUUAAGUGACAAUGGUAAAAACUAAAGGAAUGUAUAUUUUCUUGUGGAAAAAUAUAAAAAGACUGAAUAGCUGUUAACCAAAGUGGUGUUUUAAAACCCUGCAGACUUCUGGAGAAUCCUGGUGGGUCAAGGUUGAACUGGGUUGAUGUUGUUUGUGUUAUAAAGAUUGAGUUCUGAUAAAUGACAAUGUUGUUAAAACAGUUUGCUAUGUUAAAACACUGGUAGACAAAA